UCCACUGAGCCAAACCAGCUAGGGCUAAUUUUUCUUUUCUUUUAAAUUUUCAUCAUGGCAAAUUUCUAACAUAAACAAAAGCAGCAUAAUAGGAUAAUAUAGCCCAUGUACCCAUCACCCAGUUUCAACAAUUACCAACCCAUGAACAAUUCUGUUUCUUCUAUAUCACCUCCACUAUCCCCCCUACUUUGGAUUAUUUUGAAGCAAAUUCCAGACUUCCUAUCAUUUUAUCAGUGAAUACUUCAUUAUGUUUCUCUGAAAGAUGAGUCCUAUAAAAAAAGAAAAAGAAAAGAAAGCAUAACCAUAACACCAUGAUCACCACUAAAAAAAUUUCACAAUUCUUCCUUAGUGUCAUCAAAUAUCCAAUGUUUAUAUCUCUCUGAUCAUCCCACUAUGUUUUGAUGGUUUUCUUGACUGUCUCUCCCACUGGGCCUGAUCAGGGACCCGGCUGCCUGUGUGAGUGCCUCAGUCCUUGUCUAUCACUGUUCAUGGGGCUGAGAGACCUGUGUGCACACACCCAGCUGACGACAGUCACUGCUCCGUAGGUGAGUAAAGACCCUGAGUGCCUGAGUGGGAGGAGGCCUCGCCCUAGAAUAUGAAGAACUGUCCUUAGCACGUGUGCUGACCAGGCUCAUCGCAACUCAGCCGGGCACCUUUCUAAAAUAUACACGCAGUCCCUGCUCCCCACCACUGUCUUUUCGGCCAGAAUCUCCAAGGAUGGGGCCAAUGCACAAGAAUUUGGGGAACAUGCCUCAGGCCAUGCUGACUGCAAUACUGAGCUGUGCCCUGCUGCUGGCACUGCCUGCCAUGGAGGGGGCCCAGAUGAGCUUGGCACCCCUGGAGGGCAUCAGAAGGCCUGACGAGGCCCUGUUCUCAGAGCUGUCAGAUCUGGGCCUGAGGCGUGAGCUGAAGAGGACAGCUGUAGAACAGGCAGAAGAGGCUCUGCUGCAGGAGGCCAAGGACUUGGCAGAGGCGCUAGAUCCGGAAGAACGGGAGCCACGCUCCCUGCGUCGCUGUGUGCGGCUGCACGAGUCCUGUCUGGGACACCAAGUACCGUGCUGUGACCCAUGUGCCACGUGCUACUGCCGGUUCUUCAACGCCUUCUGCUACUGCCGCAAGCUGGGUACUGCCAUGAACCCCUGCAGCCGCACCUAACUGGUCAACGUCAGGGUCGGGGCUGUGAUGGGGUGGGGGUGGGGGUGGGGGCGUGAAUAAAGCUUGGGACCAACCCCAAGGCUGUGACAUUAUUUCGAACGUGGCCUUUGGAGCGGGUAGGUCAUGGCAGGCCGCCAAGUCUAGAGACCUCAUACCUACCCCAGGGCCUGUGUUACCCCAUCAUCUGAGUUACUUAUACGCACACUCUUAGGGCACCAGGCGCCGUUGGGGAAGCAGAGGAGAGCCGCUCUUCAGCCCUCG